UCCCAGGCAAGCCAGUAUGGCCUUACCUAUUACAUUCACGUUAACGGUGCCAGUGCCUUUUGGCAGCCCAAGGUAUUAGUGCAGUUCUCAGCAGGUGCCCUGAAACUUUCAGCCCCCAGUACAGGAGCUCUUUCUCCUCCCGCUGAUUCAGAAGUGGCACCACUGGCUCUGCACACAACUCUCACUGUAUUUUGUCCUGUUUUCAGGUUUACCACCAGCAAGAGUUGGCCAGGCUUGAUCUGGAGCAGCUGCUCCAAGAGUCCUCUGGCCAAGUGCACGUGCUGUCUGAGGUGUCCAACGAGAAGCAGUUGCUGGCGCACAAGGUGGCUGUCCUAGAGGUGCAACUGGCAGCCUUGGAGCAGGACAGACAAGGCCUUUCAGAGCAGCUGACACAGGCCAGGUCAGUGAACGAGACUCUGGAAUACAGCCUGUCUGAGGCUCAGAGGCACAUAUCGCAGUUGGAGAUCACCAGGAGGCAGCUGGAAAUCCAACUUCAAACGGUCAUGCAGGCCAACAAAGUGAUACAAGGGGAAGUGAAGUGCCUUACAUGGAAGGUGGAAGCAGAGAGAUUUCUCAUGCAGGAGGAACGGGAAAACAUGGCACAGCAGCUCUUGCAGACAGAGCAGCAGCUUAACAAGACUCUCAAACUUCGGGAAACUGAUCAUGAAGUGGAAAGAAACAAGCUCCUGCGAGACCUGCAUGAACGGGACAGGCUGCAAGCAGUGAAGGCGAAAGCUUUGCAGGAGACUCUCACUUACAUGACCACCAUUCUGUCAGAGAGGGAGGGAGAAAUAUUGUACCAGGAACAGACGAGAACAUUGGAAAAGCAGAAAGAAAUGCAUGAAACUACUCCCAAACAGGUUAUUACCAAUGUAACAGAUCAAAACCUUGAGUCACUACAAAAGCAAAACCAGGAAGCUGGAGAAGCCACGGAAAUGCUGUUAAGGACUGUCCGUGAGCAAGUGGAGCAAACCUUAGAAACCUUAAAAGAAAAGGACAGGCUCCUAGCCAUCCAAAAGCAACAAACAAGGAGCUAUGAGAUAAAAACAGAAGAACAGAUGUAUGUCUUGCGCAAAGACUUAGAGUACACUAAGGCAAUACUGAAAGAAAAGGAUUUCAUGAUUGAAUCUCAGAAGGAAGUGAUUGAGACCUUCCAAAACCAAGAACAAGACUCUGAACAGCAGAAGAAAAUUCUGCACCAACUUGAAGUGGCACUAAAGGAAAAAGAUCAAGAAAUUGUAUCCCUUAGAAAGCAAUGCGAGGCAUGCAGGGAAAAGGAGAAAAAGCAUGAAGCUGAGCAAGCAAAUCUUCAAGCAACAAAAUGGACUCUGAAAGAGAGAGAAGAAAAGAUAAGGACUCUGGAGGAGGCUGUCUCUAAGCUCCAACAGCAAAAGGAGGAGACAGUGGUGAUGACUAAAGCCAUACAGCAAAAACUUGAAUACGUGGAGUCUUCUCUAGGUGCCCGAGAUAAAGAGAUAAUGUCUUUACGAGGGCAUGUCCAGGACCUUCAAAAGCAGAAGGAGUUAGCAGGCAAACAGGCCAGGACUCUAGAGCAGGAUCUUGAGAAAAUGAGACAAAGAUUGAAGGAGAACAAUUCGGAGUUCCUCAAGCAGACAGAGGAAAUUAAUAUGUUACGACUGCAUACUGGAAGCAUGAAAGGAGCACUAACAUCAUGGCAGGAGCAAGUGGAUCUGCUUGAGAAAGCGGUGAAGAAGAGAGAUGAAGACAAUGAAACUCUUAAGCAGAAACUCCAGCACCAUGAAGAACUGAAGACCUUGCAGGAACGAGAGACCAAGGCUCAAGGUGAACACAAAAAGUUAGAAGAGGAAGUAAGAGCUCUUUGGGAAGAUCUGCCUGUUCAGCAGACUCUGACAAGGAAGGAUGAAGAGAUGAAGUAUCAGCAAGAUGGAGUCCAGUAUUUAGAGGGGACUCUGGCAGGGGUAGAAGAAGAGCUUAGGAGGCAGAGUGAGCUCCUGAAACAAUCAACGGCUUUUCAGUGGAAAGAUGAAGGGGACACCCUAAAGAAACCAGCCCAGAAACUCCAAAAAUGUGAGGAAGAGGAAGCAGAAGCAGAGAAGAGGAGAGCUUUCCGGGAGAGAGACCGUUCCUUGCAAAUGCAGAAGGAGCUAAUCCAACAACUACAGGAUGAGAGGAAAGCAAAGGGGAAAGAAUUGGAGCAUCUGAUUUCUCUUUUGAAGCAGACUGAAGGCAGAGAACUCAAAUGGAAAGAGAAGGCACAAGCCCUGACUCAUGUCCUUACCAAAAGUGAAAUGACCAAUAGGAUUCUGAGGGAAGAAAUAGCCGUUCUGGAGAGUGCGGCUUCAGAAAGGGACACAGACAGGUUUCAUCACCAGCAGGCUGUAGCAGAAGGAGUGCAGCAAUCGUGGCUCUUGGAGAAGAAGCUCCUGUCGCAGCGGCUGGAAUGUCUGCAGCAAGAAGUUGCAAGGCUGGAACUUGCCAACACUGAGAUGAAGCAAUUCAAUGCUGAGCUCAAGAAGACUCUUGAGGAGGUGGAACGUGAACGGAGGAAACUGAUGAGGUUACAGCGUGAUCGGUCGCUGCCAGGUUCCAGUGGAUCUUCCUUCCCCGAGUCUCACCAGCACAAGCUGCCUGCUUCUAGACAGGAGGAGUCCUAUGCACACUGCAGUCAUCAAUUACCUAAAUUGCAGAACCAGGGGAGGAGCAGGAAAGCUCUUGCUCCCUGAGCAGCUGCAGCACCACGGGAUUCCUGUCCUGUACCCUUCCCAGAACCAUCUUCUUUUUUUCUGCGGGAAAGGGGGGUGGGUUUGUUCUCUUUAAAUUUAGAAGUAGUUUACAUGUGGACAGGGACUCUUGACUUUCAUUUUUGUUUGUUAAUAAAAGACGUUCUGCAAUUGUUCAGUAGAGA